UCUUCCAUCCCUCUCCUCCUCAAAAAAGCUGGAGAAUUGCGAACUUCCCCUUUAGUAUAUCUCUCAGUCCCCAUUUUCUCAGAUUUGAUUUCUUCUUCUCUUAAUUGGAUAAUCCACCUGCUCCUUUCUACAAUGAGUUGUAGAGACAAAGGGUCAUCAUCAUCCUCAUCUUCUUCUUCUUCACCAGCAACCACGGUUAACGAAGCCUAUGUGAAGAAUCGGAUACAAGAGCUUGUUCGUCUUAUUAAAGUUGCUCGUCUCUAUAGACAAGACAAUCUCCCUUCCCUUAUCCAACAGGGUCUCUAUCUCGGAUCCUUCGCAGCAGCUUCCAACAAGAACGUACUGAAGUCUUGCAACGUUACUCACAUCUUAACCGUAGCUACCUCCUUGACACCUGCUCACCCUCACGAUUUCGUCUACAAGGUUGUUCCAGUUGUGGAUAAGGAAGACACAAAUUUGGAAGUAUACUUCGAUGAGUGUAUCCAUUUCAUUGAUGAGGCCCAAAAGCUUGGCGGUAGCGUUCUUGUCCAUUGCUUCGUUGGCAAAUCACGCAGUGUCACUGUAGUUGUUGCUUACCUCAUGAAGAGACAUGGAAUGACUUUUACCCAAGCAUUGCAACAUGUUAAGAGCAUAAGACCCGUGGCUAGUCCUAACGCCGGUUUCGUCAGGCAAUUACAGGACUUCGAAAAGUCUUUACAAGAGGUUCUUUACUUUGUCUUUAUGGGGGCAAUAGUAAAGGAAUAGUUGAGUGGCCAGAACAUGUAAGAUUGCAAAGCAAAGUGUUGUGGAGGAAACAAGAAUCGGUUGCCCACUGUCAACUGUGAAGACCCCACCAAGAUCAUACCUUAAAGAGGAGGAAACUUGUAAACGAAGCUUCAUAUGUUUCUUUUGUUCUUUCUCCUUUAACAACUUGAUAAAAACUGUAAACGAUUCUGUAAAGUUUCACUGUUUCAUGAAAGUCAUAGCCUAUACAGUGAACUAAAAUCAAAAGAUAACCCAACCAUAUGCAUCUUCAUAUUUUUUUUGAUCAAAUAUGCAUCUUCAUAUUA